AACGGGAAGGUCACAGGAAGCGAAUCAGGAGGGGUCAUUGAUCUUACACUGGAUGAAGAGGAUGAUGGUUCUUCUCAAGAUGGCAAGAAGCAGAACCAGACACCUGUUACGGGGGUGAGCAUAUCCACCCAGCCUGUGGCUCGACCCUUGCAGCCUUUGCAGCCUAACCCUGUGCAGCAGACAGGCGUGCCAACAAGUGGACCUUCCCAGACCACCAUACAUGUAUUACCUACAGCUCCGACAACAGUGAAUGUAACUCAUCGGCCAGUGUCUCAAACUGCUGCAAAACUUCCUAUACCAAGAACCCCUACUAACCAUCAGGUGGUCUAUACCACUCUUCCUGCACCACCAGUUCAGAAUCCUGUCAGGGGAGCUGUCAUGCCAAGCCCAGGUUUAAGGCCAGUCAACCCACAGACUGGAG